AUCUCUCUUUCUCUCAUUUUUGGUCUCCGUUGACGUAAGGAGAUCAAGAAAAGCCAUGAGUCUAAAUUGUCUAUCAUGCCAAGCUCUUCCACGAACUGAUUCAAACAAAGAAUUUGAUCUCUCUGGUCCCAGACCAUCAACGGUCAAAAGUAACCCCGUCUUAGGUAAAAGUAAAACUUAUUGUGCUGAUCAGGUUGGUGGGAGAAAUUGGUCAGGUAAUUUGAAUGCUAGGAUCUCUGAGAAAAUUGGAAGAUCAGGAUCGUCUUUAGCGCAGAGAAUGAAGAAGGUGAAAAAGACUCCUCAUAUUAGGCUGAGUGGUCCGGUUGGUUCUAACUCUGGCAAUGGAUUGCUUAGAACCGAACAGCCAACGCUUGUGAGAAGUAGUGGAAUGAGAAGGAAUUGGAGUUUUGAGAAUUUGAGAGAUCAAGGGUUGAUAGAAGAGAAGAGCAAGGCUAACAUAUGAUCAUCAAUGAUUUAUUAUGAUUCUGAGAUUUUAUGGAAGAUAAAUGAAACUGGUUAUAUGUAGUUUUGAAUCCAGAUUCAUGGUUAUAUAAAUCAUGAUAGAAUA